GAUGAGGGGAGUUGUCGACUCUGUUUGCGGUGCGCAGGCGGUAGGUUUUAGGGUAUCGUCACACCCCCACGCCAUCGCCGCGAAGGAGACGAAGAAGACGAAGCGAGAGAGAGAGAGAGAGAGAGAGAGAGAGAGAGAGAACCAUCGCCGACUCUGGAAGUAGAAGAAGUCGAAUUUGGCGCUGCAGUUCGAAUUCUGUGAUCCGAAAAAUGGUUUUUUUUGGGGGGCGUUUCUUCGUUCAUGUGCAACUACGAGCUCUUCGUGCGUUUUUUCCGUGCGGAUUGGUCGAGUUCCGUGACCGAUUUGUGAUCUUGUUGCCGUUUCUGUGGAUUAUGUGUUGGUAAUUGAUGAGGCGUUGCGGAAAAAUGCCUCCUUUGUAAUCGCGAGCUCAGUUAGAUAUGGGAAAUCUUAGGUGUCGUUUGAUCAGUUGCUUGAUUGAUUGCAGAGUAGAAUUAUUGUGUAAAAAUCAGUAUUUUGAUUACUUGUCUGUGAGCUCCAAUUCAAAUUCAAUUCGGGAUAAGCUGGUGGUGUGAAUUCUUAUCAUGUAGGUGUCGUUUGCUUAGUUGCUUGAUUGCGGAGUAGAAUUAUUGUGUAAAAAUCACUUCUUUGAUUACUUGUUUGUGAGCUCCAAUUCAAAUCCAGUUUGGAAUGAGCAGCUGCAGGUGUUUUUAAUUCUUCUCAUGGGAGCAGCUGAGGAGGUUCACUGAAUUUAGGGUUUCAGUUGUUGCUCAGAAUGAUGGAUGGGCACCCGCACGGGCUGAUCGACCAGCCCGUCGACCUCGAGGAUGAGAACAUCAACUUCUGGGCCACGCUCGGAGUCAGCCCGCAUGUCCCUGUCGUCGAGCCGCCGCCACCGGACCACCCUAUUACCCCUCACCAUCACCACCCUGUUGUUCACCACCACCACCACCACCACCAAAUUGAACAACAGCAGCAGCAGCAGCAGCAGCACCUUGAGCUUGUGGAGCCGCAAUCCGCGCGGCGAGAGCUUUUCCCCACUGAGGGGGACCCACGCCUUGAGCCCUUCCUGGGCAUGGAGUUUGAGUCCGGCGAGGCGGCCAAGACCUUCUACAUAGCCUACGCCGGCCACGUGGGCUUCUCCAUCCGCAUUGCUCGCUCUCGCCGGUCCAAGUGCAAUGAAUCCGUCAUCAUGCUACGUUUUGUAUGCUCAAGAGAAGGGUUCAGCCGUGAGAAGCGCAUUACUGCCGGCAAGAAGACCAGAAAGCGUGCCGCAUCGAUUAGAGAAGGAUGUAAAGCGAUGCUUGAGGUGAUUCGGCGGGGAGAUGAGAAAUGGGUCGUGACCAAGCUCGUGAAGGAGCAUAAUCACGAGGUGGGGAUGCCGAGUAGGGUCCAUUAUAUUGAGACUGAGGGUGGCUCUGAGAUUGACCCUUAUGUUGGUAUGGAAUUUCACUGUCUUGAAGCCGCAAAGACGUUCUACUAUUCCUACGCCAGCCGCACGGGGUUCGAAGCUCGUGUUCGGCAAUCUCGCCGUUCGCUGCACGAUGAAUCUUUAAAGAUGUUGAAACUCGUUUGUUCAAAGCAUCGGUACCAUUCAGGAAGGGAGAACAUCGGAGGGGAGGAAGGGAAGCGGGUGCCGAUUGUUGAUCCUUCAAAGGAGGACUGCAAGGCAUUGUUUGAGAUAAUUAGGAAGGACAGCGAUGUGUGGAUGGUCUCCAAGGUCGUGUUGGAGCAUAGCCAUCCGUUGACUCCUGUUCCACCGAGCAAAGUGCGGUGCGUCCGCUCGCAAGGGGAGAUUCUUGUUAUUGCAAAGAACUUUGCCGACACAAGAAAUCUUUUACUUAAUGGUCAAGACUCGCGGUAUCCCAGAGAGAUCCGGUAUAAUGAUUUGGGGCCGGAAGAUGCUCAGAGCCUUUUAGAGUAUUUCAAGAAAACGCAAGAGGAAAAUCCCGCAUUUUUCUAUGCUGUGCAGAUCGAGAAGAACAAUUGCAUGACUAAUAUCUUCUGGGUGGACGCCAAAGCUCGAAUGGCUUACUACCAUUUUGGGGAUGCUGUUAGAUUCGACACAAGAUAUAAGGAUGAUAAGGAAUUAAUACCCAUAGUGACAUUUAUGGGUGUGAACCAUCACGCACAACCAGUGAUAUUUGGCUGUGCUCUACUCGUGGACGAAUCGGAGUCGUCAUUUUCUUGGCUAUUUGAGAAAUGGCUAGCUGCAAUGCCAGCUGGCGCUCCGGUUUCACUAGUAACCGAAUUAAACCGGCCGAUGGCAACAGCGGUCGCUAAGGUAUUCCCUAACACACGACACUUUUUCUGCAAGAAACACGUUCUGAGUACCAUCCAGGAAGACUUACCUGAUUUGUAUACAGAACAUUCCCGUUUUGAAGCCGAGCUAAGGAAGUGUAUUGACUGGUCUGAAUCGAUCGAAUCGUUUGAGUCGUGUUGGGAUGCGAUACAUACCAAAUAUGGCUUGAAGGAGAAUGCUUACCUGCAGUCAUUGUAUGAUAUUCGCCAUCAAUGGGUCCCGGUGUAUGUGAAGGAAACAUUCCUUGCUGAAGUUUCCAUAUCUCAAAGCAGUGAAGGUCUAGACAAGGUUAUUCUGAAGUAUUUUACGGCAAAGACCCAAUUGAGGAUAGCUGUUAGGCAACUCGGACAGGCCCUUGCUAGCCACUAUGAGAAGGAAGCUCAAGCAGACUUUAUUACAAUGUUUGAAAAACCAUUUUUACGGACUGCAUCGCCAAUGGAAAAGCAAGCGGCUGCUAUCUACACCAGGGCUAUAUUCAAUAGGUUCCAGGAGGAAUUUGUUGAGUCCUUGGGUUAUCAUGUGGAUAAAAUUGACGAUAAUAAGUAUCAGGUGACGAGAAAUGACGGCGAUGAGGAGACGCAUACUGUCACUUUUAUUGCCUCUGAGAACAAAGCGCGUUGUACUUGCUGUAUGUUUGAGUUCUGCGGCAUCUUAUGUAGGCAUGCAUUGAGGGUGUUCAUAGUCGAAGGUGUCCGCACUCUUCCGAAAGACUACAUUUUAAAACGGUGGACAAAACAUGCUAAGAGCGGUACUGUAAUGGAUCAUUAUGUUGAACUAAGAGCUAACUGUGAAGACCCUUCAACUGCAAGAUACACUGAUCUCUGUCGUGAUGCCAUUAAAUGUGCAAAAGAGGGCGCGGCAUCCGCCGAGCUGUAUAAAGUUGCAAAGGAUGCGCUUCAGAAGGCUUCAGAGGAAAUCUUAUCUACAAAGCAAAAGAAGGGGCAACCGCCAAUAAUGCAGAUUUUCAUGACAUCACAAAAGAAACAUAGCAAAAGGCUUGGAAAGGUCACGCCGAAAAAGGAUUUUCCUGAUAAGAGUGUGAAAAGGUCAGCAUCGAGAAAUUCAUUAAUUGAGGAUGACAUUAGAUGACCACAAGGCCGCAUGCACAUGUCUUGGUCUGAGAUAAAUUAUAUAUGUAUGCUUCUAGCACAUUAUUGGCGUAGUACCGGCUACGAAAUCAACGCAUCCUUGGUUUGGGCCAUUGCAGAUUGUAAGUAGUUUCGAUAUCAGUCGCGCUAGCCAGAUAAAGAUGCAUUUGUAAAAUAAUUGAAAAUGCUAGUUUUGAUGUAGACAGCAGAAGUCAGCUUUUUGCCUUCCUUGUGUAAGCGGCUGACAUCUACUUGGUUUCUGUUUAAUGUUUUACUUGCAAUUUUGCAGGGGUAUUUAGUUAAAUAUCUCAAGUUAGUUGUAUCUCUUCUUCAAUUCCUCUUUAGUAUGAACUGAGUUAGGUUGUCUAAUUUUUUUUUUU